AUGCGUCACUCUAAGCAGAAGAUCGUAACCGUUCACGUCGCAGUUGUGGAACCGGCUUUAGAUGGGACGUUGUGGUGGAUUGGCUCUUAUUGCACCGAUGUUAUGGUUCUGUACAAAGAUCAAGUCACAACACUGGCGACGGCUAGUGUAGCCACCAUGAUGUUUGCUUUGGGAUUGGCUUACCUUGGCAUGAGCCUUAAGGGGCAGGAAGUGCUAGCAUGUGUGGCUGCGUAUGCUGCAGUCUUGGUUGUGUUUGUAGGAACGAAUUCAUAG